AUGACAGAAUUUUCGUUUCCAUUCGAACCAUAUGAUAUUCAGAUAUCAUUAAUGCGAAGUAUUAUUUCGUGUAUUAAUGAAAGGAAAAUCGGAAUAUUAGAAUCGCCCACAGGUACGGGAAAAUCUAUGAGUAUCAUUUGUGCAACGCUUAAUUGGCUGGAGACAUUUGAAACGGAAAAAAAGAGAAGUCUCGAGGAACAAUUGAAAGCAGUUCAGGAAGUCGGAAAAGAUGAAAAUGACUGGUUGAAUGCUCAUAUAAAGAAGGUUAAAGCAAUCGAGGAUGCGAAAGGACUUUUCAGUCAACUUGAAAAUGAUCAGAAAAUAGAUGAGCGAAUUAAAAAAGCGUUAGGAAACUUGGUGGUUCAGCAAAAACGAAGAUUACGGGAUGAUCAAGAUAAUGAAGAAAAAAAUGACGACGAAACGGAUGAAAUACUGGAUGAGGAUUUUACAAGUGACCAACUCGGAAAGAAAAUUGCGGAUGAGCCGACUCCAACCUGUACAAAAAUAAUUUAUGCUACACGAACACAUUCUCAGUUGUUACAGUUUGCCGAGGAAAUCUCUAAAACACGAUUUCAACCAAGGGUGGUAACUCUCGGGUCGAGACAAUACUUAUGCAUCAACGAAUCAGUCCGUGCCUUACAAAAAACAAGUCUUAUGACGGAACGAUGCAACGAAUUGCGUGAUAACAAAGCCUCGGAAAAACGCCAGAAAGAUGACGAUGACGAAUAUGUGGCAAAAGCAUGUAAGGGAAGUUGUCCAUUUGCGAGAAGCGAUGCAAUCGAGGAUCUUUGUGAUCAAAUUCUUGCAUCAAAGUUAUCCAGUGCACCGCAGUUAGUUGAUUAUAGCAAAAAAAUAUACGGUUGUCCAUAUUUUGCAUCACGCAAGGCGGUUGCUUAUUCACAGCUGGUGCUGCUCCCAUAUCAAAUUUUGUUUCAAGAAGAAGCACGAAAAGCCUGGGGAAUUGAAUUGAGCGGUAACGUUAUCGUUAUUGAUGAAGCUCAUAAUUUGCUGGAAACAAUUACCAAUUCGCAUUUUGUUACGCUACAUGCAAAGGAACUGAGAUCUGUGCUUUCAAUAUUAGAUAGCUAUUUAAAUCGUUUUCAAAGCCGGCUGAAACCGGUGCAUAAAAAAUAUCUGCGACAGUUAUCUACUCUUGUAAAUCUGUUAUUGGUGUAUGUGAAUCAUGCAUCAGAGAAACGUAAAAAUUAUGUUGAAACAAUGACGACAUUUGCGAGUAAAGCUUAUCUUGCACAGUACAAGUUGGACAUUUUGCUGGAAUAUAUUGAGCAGACACAUUUAGUUAUGAAGCUAAGCAAAUUUUCGAAACGUUUGGAUGGAGUGUACAACAGAAAAGUUAAUUCUACUUAUGAAUUUUCGGUAGAACAUUUACUCCGCACAAAAGAUUCGCCGAAUGAAUCUCAAAGCAUUUUCACAACUGAAUGUUUGACUACUCAAUGCACAUCAUCAUCAUUAGUCCAGGAGCGAACGGUAGCAUCAGCACUGUGUGCAUUCCAACAGUUUUUGCAAAUGCUAAUGUUGAACUAUAAGGACGGAAGAUUAAUAAUAGAAUGUUCAUCUGGGAAAGAUGAAGCCAAAAUAAGUUAUUAUCUUAUCAAUCCAGCUUCUCAACUUCGUGACAUAAUUAAACAGUGCAGAUCUUUAAUAUUGCUUGGUGGUACUAUGGAACCAUCGGAAACAUUGAUACGCUCUCUUACUAUAUGUUGUGAAGUCGACCCAAACAAGGAUCUUGUCCGUCGCUCUUUUGGACAUGUGAUAAAGGAGCAUCAGUUAUUAGCUCUAACAAUAACAAGUGUAUCUGAUAUAAAAUUGAUAUUUACACACGGUAAACGGGAAACCGACACAAUGUUGAACAUUUUGGUGACGACAUUAGCACAAAUUGCCGAAGCAGUUCCAAAUGGGAUGAUCGUAUUCUUCCCCAGCUAUGUCUAUCUGGAAAAAUUUAUUAAAAAAAUAUCCUAUAAUUUACGGAAGGUUAAACCAUUGUUCAUUGAACGACGAAACGGUUUGCCAACCUUGUUUAAUGAAUUUGCAAAGUCAGCUCGAACUGUAAAAGGUGCUCUGUUGUUAGCUGUAGUUGGUGGAAAAUUAAGUGAAGGAAUUAAUUUUUCGGAUGAAUUAGGACGUACAGUUGUUGUCGUUGGAUUACCCUAUAUGAAUAGCGAAGAUAUUAUUGUAAAAGAGAAAUUAAAGUUUAUGGAAAGUGAAUUUGGUCCAAGGAGUGGUGUUGAAUAUUAUGAAACGAAAUGCAUGCAUGCUGUCAAUCAAUGUAUUGGUCGUGUAAUCCGCCAUCGUAAUGAUUACGCAGCUAUUGUGCUGAUUGAUUUAAGGUACAAAAGCAAACGAAUUGUGAAAGAUCUUCCAUCAUGGAUUCAACGUAGGCUGUAUAAUACAACGGAUCUGAGUGAUGGAAUACAACAUUUGCAGAGAUUUUUCAGAAGUAUGGACAACUGCAUUCAGAAGUAA